AGCCGAGCCAGAGCGCUGCGGGCUCACAAAGCGGCCGGACGCGCGGCGGCGGCAGGUGCACAGGGGGAACGAGCCGGGUAGCAAGCAGCCUUGCCAGCCACCGCGGCACAGGAGCCCCAGCAACUCGGUCGCCGGGACUCGAGCGGGCCCCCAAGAUGCCAGCGAUCGCGGUGCUCGCGGCGGCCGCCGCUGCGUGGUGCUUCCUCCAAGUGGACAGCCGGCACCUGGACGCGUUCGCGGGCGGUGCGGCCCUCAACAACGCCAAUUUCCUAGACAAUGACCAGUGGCUGAGCACCGUCUCCCAGUAUGACCGCGAUAAGUACUGGAACCGUUUCCGAGAUGAAGUUGAGGAUGAGUAUUUCAGAAACUGGAAUCCCAACAAGCCCUUCGACCAAGCCCUGGACCCAUCGAAGGACCCUUGCCUGAAGGUGAAAUGCAGCCCUCACAAAGUGUGUGUGACCCAGGACUACCAGACAGCCCUGUGUGUCAGCCGCAAGCACCUGCUGCCCAGGCAAAAGAAGGGGACCGUGGCUCACAAGCACUGGGUUGGACCUUCAAAUCUGGUUAAGUGCAAGCCCUGCCCCGUGGCACAGUCGGCGAUGGUCUGCGGAUCUGAUGGCCACACGUACACAUCCAAGUGCAAACUGGAAUUCCAUGCUUGUUCCACAGGCAAAAGCCUCAGCUCCCUCUGCGAUGGGCCCUGUCCGUGUCUGCCUGAGCCCGAGCCACCAAAGCCCAAGGCAGAAAAGAGUGCCUGCACAGACAAGGAACUGAGGGACCUCGCUUCCCGGCUGAAGGACUGGUUCGGGGCCCUUCACGAGGACGCCAACAGAGUCAUCAAGCCCACCAGCUCCGACGCAGCCCAAGGCAGGUUUGACACCAGCAUCCUGCCCAUUUGCAAGGACUCCCUGGGCUGGAUGUUCAACAAGCUGGACAUGAACUAUGAUCUCUUGCUGGACCACUCGGAGAUCAACGCCAUCUACCUAGACAAGUACGAGCCCUGUAUCAAGCCGCUCUUCAACUCCUGUGACUCCUUCAAGGAUGGCAAACUUUCCAACAACGAGUGGUGCUAUUGCUUCCAGAAGCCAGGCGGUCUCCCUUGCCAGAACGAAAUGAACAGAAUUCAGAAGCUGAGCAAGGGGAAAAGCCUGUUGGGGGCAUUCAUACCUCGGUGUAAUGAGGAGGGCUACUACAAAGCCACACAGUGUCACGGCAGCACGGGGCAGUGCUGGUGUGUGGAUAAAUACGGGAACGAACUGGCUGGCUCCAGGAAGCAGGGCACUGUGAGCUGCGAAGAAGAGCAGGAGACCUCCGGGGACUUCGGCAGCGGUGGCUCCGUGGUCCUGCUAGAUGAUCUGGAGGAUGAGCGAGAGCUGGGACCAAAGGACCGAGAGGGGAAGCCAAGGGUGCACACCCGGGCUGUGAGAGAGGACGACGAGGACGGAGACGAUGACAAAGACGAGGAGGCUGGCUACAUAUGGUAGCGUCCACGGGAAGAGGACGCACUUCUGGCACAGAUUUGCAAGUCGCUUCCUUCGCCUGCAUUUGUAUCUAAGACUCCAAGGCCCCCCGCGGGGUCUCUUCUCCGCCGUUGCUCUCUGUACCAGGGUUAAGGUUUGGAAGACCCCCUUCCCACCCAGAGCGUUCCCAAUCUGCAUACGGUUGUGUGGGAGAAAGAAUGUUGUUCUUGUUUCUAUUUCCGUCGGACGGGAGAACGGAUGACUUGAGUAAAAACUCCUUCUCUCCCGUAAGGUUUUUGCAACUAGCAUGUGAUUUACGUGGAACCCAACAGUGCGGGGAGCCCCCACCCUCUCAAACGUCAAAGACCCUCUCCGGAUACCCACAUUGGUGGUUAUCACAGCAUGGUUCCCAGCCUUAUGGUGUCUAAGUGCUUCUCCUGUGUCCCGUAGAUGUUGUGGGAAACACACCACACUGUCCCUUUUCCUUCUGUCCCACCGCCCUCUGGUGUUUAUUACUGAAAAUUAAUUUUCAUGUCACUGUGUCUGGCUUCCUACAAAUGACAGCCUCAAUUCAGUCGAAGUCCCUUUGGAGGAGUUCACUUUCUUUCUUGAGAAGUAAGGUCUUGAGGCUCCUCCCCCCUUACACACACCCCCAAACAGGUGUCUGUGCUUGCCUGACUUCAGUACACACCCCUCAGCUGCGUGUCUGGUGACAGCGCUUGGCGUGCGUGCGUGGCCUGCAGGCCGGAGAGACUACUCUAUGCAGUCGCGGAGUGACUAGCGGCCUUUUUGGUUUGGAUAAGCCUCUGUUUGCCUAAACUGCCCCUCCCCUCUGCCCCUCCCCCACAGAAGCCAUGCAACUCCCCACUUGGGCAGCUUCACAAGCCAUUUCUUUAUUUUAGCUCAACGCUUCCCUCAGGAUGCAGCAUAUCCACCCAUGGCACACACACAAGGGCUUUUUCUAAGGCAUUCCUCCCGGACUCCUGCCCUCCAGAAGACAGCAUCAUGGUAGUCCUUGGAAAAAAUUAGGGUUCCUUUUCCCCCUUUCUAUCUACAAAUCAUGAUGAGGGGAAAAAGGCUCUAAAGGGUUCUUUUUCUCACUCAUUACUUAACCCCAAUGGAGGCCUAGAAAAGCUCACAGUAGCACAAGAAGCUAGCCAAGGAGCCAGCAACCUCCCCUCAGACACAUGCCGAGUGUGUUGGGACACCACGGAAGCAGUUUUACCUCUGUUUGCUCCCUAAGUUUAUUAUUGGCCUUUAGUUUCAGUAAUGACACCAUCUCUACAUUCUUCCAGAUUUCUUUCACACAAGUACCAAAGAGUAGACCUCAGUGCAGCCCCAUUCAGGUCAGGGCCAGUUCCCCAAGCUCUGCCUGCUUCAUUCCUACCUAGCCCAGUUGCCCUAAGCAGCCAUGCCUCAUCAGAAACCAUUUCUGUUUUGCCCUAACCAGCCACAGCCUGCCAGCACGAUCUUUUUACCCUUGCCUUCCCUGAUGAGUUUUAGCCAGUCCACAUGACAGAUCCACUAACUCAGGCGAGAAGUCUAUUUGGUCAAACCAGUCUCUAACUCCCAAACUGGCCUUCUGUGUGUAGUAAGCCUCCUUCGAUUAACAUCUCCCUCCUUGAACAGGACGGACAAGGUUACACUGGCCCAUGUGUUCUUCUCACAUGGGAAACGGAAGAGGCAUGGUGCCGUCUGAUACCUUGGCCUGGUAGACACCAGUACCGCCGGAUGCCGAGCGUCUGUGUGCUUCCUGCCGUGGAGACAAGGCUUGCUCAGUUUUGGAAUCUCAGUGACAUCCUUCCCAGUCCCAUGGUUUGUUUUGUUUUACCUCACUCUCAAAACUGGUCAUAAUUUAGAUCAUAAUUAGAAAACAGGUGCUCAGUCACCACUAAACAGUAAUAGAAUACAUUAAAAAGACAAACAAGGAAUCCCAGUUUAGGCCACCAACAUAAACCAUUGUUAUUAUUUCCUUUGAGCUUGGAAAAGAAUGCACAAGAGGACAAGUUAACUAUCGACAAAUUGAUUUCUCUUCAAGAAACUUCUAGGAACCCAAGGAACCACUUAUUUUGUCUAAUUAUCGUAUGACAAGUGUCACAUUAAGAUGACACUUAGAGCUCCUUAACAUUAUCUUGAUGGUGGAGAAGAGUGCUCGAUAGGCAAUUCCCAGGAAGGUAAUGAGAUAUCAUUUCCAGAGACAUCCCAAGAAGAUGUUUUGAUUCAUUAAAAUAUUAAAUCAAAAGCCCUCCUACGUCUGGGGCCCACGUCAACAAAGCAGUACCCUUGCCACUUCCUAUGCCCUGCACUGGGUUUUAAAGACAGUUAUUUGUAAUAGUACUUAAAAUCAGACUUUGUGCUACCUUCUCCUGAGACAUAAAACUUCCCUUGUCCUGUUUGGAAGGAAGCCUUUAAUUCCAAUAAUUCAAUUCCAAUAACAAUUCCGAGCAUCAUACGAUGCUUUUAAGGCAAAUGCUACUGUGAUAACUAGCCCCUCGUUUAGGCGGGUACUGAGUUGAAUCCUUGCUGACUUACAUUAGAAAUCUUCAGCUGAUACUGUUACUCUAAUUCUACAAACAGUUAUUUAACACCAUUUCCAUGGCAUCCGAUUUAAACCCCAGAAUUCUCUGCCCCAUGGUUCACUGUCUGCCGUAUUAAAGUGUUCGGUUUCUACAGCUAUUCUUAGCAUGGGGAUGCCUUCACAUGGCUUUCUCUCAGCUCCUCCCUUCAUGUCCACACACCUACCUAUACCAGAAGUGAUGACUCGUCUGUCCAGGUCCGCCCUCUGCUCGUCCCACAAUGCCAUUGGCGUUGGGUCUGCUUUGGUUUUACCUUGACCACACUGUACGGUAACAUCCAAGAGCCCUUUCUACAAUGGGUGGUUUUGGUCUUUUUACACCUUUUCUCAGUCACUGAUGUUCGUCCCUGUUCAAUGUGUAGCCUCGUAACAAAAGCCCAUCAACUCCAGAGUGUCAGUUUGUUGUCCCUAUUGUAGGUGAAAUAGUGACGUAGAAAACCCAGUACUCUGAAUGCUUUUCCAUGUAGACUUUUCUGGAAUGUGAACACAACUCUUUGGUUAAUAGCAAACGCUUACCUGUAGUCCUGAGUAGGCGCAGUUCUGUCUGUCUCAAUAAAUUUUACUUUGUCUGCAA